UUCUUCUUUCAGCGAUCAUAUCAACCGUUUAUAUAUCGACCUCAAGGUUACAAGUUCAAUUAUUGUUUAUUUCACACUUCCGUAUCACAUAUCCAAGUCAUCGCCCUUCUUUCAAGUUCACCGGUCUUUCGAAUUCUUCCACAGGGAUAGGUUAAACCGAUGAAUUAUUGGUAUUAAUUCUAACGUGUAAUUAGUUUAUGAAUACUGCUUUCGUUCUUGAAAUCAGAGAUGCUACUCGUAUGGUCGUAUGAACAACCAUAAAAUGAUUGGUGGAAGCAACAAUAAAACAUCUUCUGCAGAGAGGCAAAAACAGAAAUCAAUUGCUUCUGUUCGGAGACCUGUGUCUAUGAAGUCUAGUUUCGCUAAUGAUCGCCAUGGUGGAGCUGAAGUAGGUAGCAAACUGGUUGUCAAAAGUUCAGCUCUUGACUACUCACACUUCAUAUCACUUCCACUGGCUAUACAUCCUCAAUUGGUUGAUAAGCUUGUCAACUUUCAAAAUUCAAUAUUAGGGUUACAUGAUAAUGCUUCCAUUAAAGCUUCUACCUCCGCCUCAAAGCCAAAAACUUCCACAUUAUCCGAACUUGGAAUAGAUCAAUCGAUUUUUAUUAAGCCGAAGACAUUUCACUUAACUGUGCUCAUGUUGAAGCUGUGGAACAAGGAGAGAGUUGAUGCUGCUGUCAAGAUAUUUGAGGGCAUUGAAGGUGAAAUAAUGGAUGCAUUAGAUGGCAGACCUGUAUCUAUUAAACUUAAGGGGCUAGAUUGCUUGAAAGGUUCUCUUGCUAAAGCUCGUGUUCUUUACGCUCCUGUUGAAGUAGUUGGUGGUGAAGAUAGGCUUUUGCGGGCUUGCAAAGUCAUCACUGAAGCUUUCACGAAAGGUGGGCUUGUUCUUGAAAAAGAUGCCAAACAAACAUUAAAGUUGCAUGCGACUGUUAUGAACGUGAGACACAGGAAAAGGACUAAGAUGACAAAUCAAUAUGAUUCAUUUGAUGCUCGAGGUGUUAUGGAGAAAUAUGGUUCAGAGGAUUGGGGGAAGUAUUUGAUCCGUGAAGUUCAUCUUUCUCAAAGGUUUGUGUUUGAUGAAGAUGGUUACUACCAUUGUUGUGCGUCUAUUUUGCUCCCUCAUAAUGCGCAUAAAUGUAUGAAAUGGUUUUGUAUAUGAAUAUUUUUUGAAUAAUGAUUUGAAGAUCAUGGUCAUAUGUAUGAAUAUUUUGUAUCGAAUGCUAAUCGAUUAUCGAUGAGUGGAUAAAUGUAUGAAAUGGACUUUGUUUUCUUCUUCCAAA